UAUAGGCAGAGGGAGAGAAAGGAGUGCUGAGUAGAGGAAAGCAGGAGCAGUAGUUAGAACAUAUUCAAGGAUUGGACAAGAACGUCACGAUGAAGCUUUAUUGCCUGUUGCUGCUUCUUUCUAUUUCAUCUUCUACCGUUCCCCUGGUGACCUCAGGUAGGGCUCAGUCCACCACCGUGCCCACCUUUGCCCUCACCACUGCAGCGAGCCCAGCCGAGGCCAAGUCUCGUUUUGCUAUGCUGGACGAUGUUCGCCUACUCGCUAACGGCCUCCUUCAGCUAGGCCAGAGUUUACGGGAGUUUGUGCACAAAACUAAGGGCCAAAUCAACGAGAUCUUCCAAAAGUUGAACAUUUUCGACCGCUCCUUCUACCAGCUCUCAGUGGUAACCUCUGAGAUCAAGGAGGAAGAGGAGGAACUGAAGAAGACCACCAGUUUCUUGAAGACCAACAAUGAGGAGAUCAAGAACCUGUCCAUGGAAAUCAACUCUAAGAUCAACGGCAUCCUUCAGGAGCGUACCAAGCUGCAGAGCAAAGUGGGGAACCUGGAGGAGCGACUGCAGGGACUGUCGCAGAGCAUUAUCCCCGCUGAGCAGCUUAGCGAAAUCACAGCACUCAGGCAAGUGAUUGAAUCGCAAGAGAAAACAAUCAACAAUCUGCUGAUAGCUGUGAAGGAGCAGCAUGAUCAGCUCGACAACCAGAAAACCAACAUUAAAAGACUGGAGGAAAAGCUUAACUAUGACAGCUUUCAGGAUACAAUCGAUAAGCCAAUGGAUUCAGUCCCUGCAGACAUGUUUGAAUAUCUGACAGGAAACUCAACUGACCUAGAUGUGAAUGACCUGCCAAGGGACUGCAGUGAGUUGUUUACCAAAGGAGAGGCAAACAGUGGAAUGUAUGUCAUCAAACCAAGCGAAUCUGAACCAUUCAACGUUUACUGCGAAAUGGGUUCAGACGGGGGGUCAACUGUUAUCCAACGCAGGGUCGAUGAUUCAUUGGAUUUUGAACAGCCAUGGGAGAAGUAUGAAAAAGGCUUUGGAGAUCUGGAAAAGAACUUCUGGUUGGGCCUAAAGAAGAUCCACAGCUUCACACAGCAGGGAGCUUACGUCCUGCGUGUUGACUUGGAGGACUGGAAGGAGGGGAACCACUGGGCUGAGUACCGCUUCACACUAGAAGGUCCCUCCAUGGGCUACAGCCUGUAUGUCAGCAACUAUUCUGGUGACCUGUCUGAUGCCAUGGCCAACAGCACCGGCAUGAGGUUCUCCACAACGGACAGAAAUAAUGAAAACCACCGAAACUCCAACUGCUCUCGCAGUUACACAGGUGGUUGGUGGUUUAAUGCUUGCAGAGAAACCAACCUUAAUGGACGGUAUUUGUGGUUGAGGGCAAAAGGACGCUCUAUGAGGAGGAAGGGCAUCCACUGGAAGCCUGGCACAGGGCCCUCAUACGCACUCAAGACCACCAAGAUGACCCUACGAUCGGCCCCUACAGCUGACAGCUUCAAGUGAACCCGUCAAAUCAUACCUUUUCACACUACUAACCUUUUUUUUUAUACAAACACUGAUAAGAUCUAAUGCUCAGACAAAAAGUUCUAUAGAUGUGGAAAGUGUAGUAACACAGACACAUUUUUAGUUUAUUAAACGGAUUGUUUCUUAACAGCGUUUUGUCAGAGGUUUGGUGCCAACCAAUAGAUAACAGGCCAAAAUGUCACACGUCAGAAAAUCUCUCAAUGAUGCAACCAUGUCACACAGGUCAUUGACAUAUUGGGUGUGACCCAGCAAGGACAGUUGUGUCAUUAUGCAACAUCUGCAAUCACUGACUAAAUGGACAUAUUGAUCCACAUCAGCAGUCUGAUUCAGUGCCGCCUGCAAAAGGCCACAGUACUAAAGUAGGAAAGACAACUGUGAGGAGAGAUUAUUAAGCAACUCUAUACACUUUCUUGGUUAUCAUUUCAGUGAACCUAAAUGUAUUUAAUAGUUAUUUGUUUAGUGAGUUAUUAAAAAUGUUUAUUAUCUUAGUGAUGUGAAGCUUUUGCAUGUUCCCAGGAGCUAAAGACAGAAAUACCAACACUUAUGACAUAAGGCAUCGGAGUCAAUGUUCAAGAGAAACAAUGCAUCUCCAGCAUCUCAGAAACUGUCAAUACUUGUGACUUUUUUCCAGUGAAAAUGUUGUUAUUUUAUCUUGUUUUAUCGCUAGUUUCAUGAAAAACAAUCUUUUGAGUAGGGGCACGUCAGCAGUUAAAUAUAGUACAAAAAGUGGAGGUACAAAGCUUUGGCGGCAGACUGAUGAGUUUUUUUUGCUUUGUUUGUUCUGUGUUUUUUUUACUAUGUUAAGUAUUUAAACUAUACUCAUGCUAUUAAAUGAUUUAUGAUGGCAUUGCUAGAAAAAUAUAAUUUCCAUACAUUUCCUGUUAUCGAGUCAUAUUGACUCUUGUCCAUCAUAACAAAAUAACUAACUGUACUCUAACUGUUCCUCAUACCAACACAUCCUCAUAUUUAUGAAGUCAAAAUAAAGAUCUUGAA